CUGUGUGUGUGUGUGUGUGUGUGUGUGUGUGUGUCUCUCUGUGUGUGUGUGUGUGUGUGUGUGUGUGUGUGGUUUUGGGGGCGUGGCGCUACGAGCGCUCUGAACAGUGACGGUCUAUUCAGUUCUACCGAACCAAUUCUUUCGGUCUCUCCGUUUAAAUGAAUCGAACGACUCAUUUGAUUCACAAGUCAACUUCAUUCUGAUUUCCUUUCCACACAGUGACUUUACAUUUAGUGAUUGGUGAUUAGUGAACUGUUUUCUCUUCUGUAAACAGUUAUUUACCGCGCACACAUGCAAGGCAGAAUAAACAAACAACAGAAAGAGGAAUCGUAUUCUGAAAUGGGAUCUUAUAUUGUAACUGUAUGGUGUUAAAUUGUAAAAAAAAUUAAUUGGGGUUUAUUUAGUCUUUAACGGUCAUGCAUGGUACUUUUUGAUUUUAUGACAUUAUUAUUUUUUAAUUACAACUUUAUUAGAGUGCUCCAGCCUAUAAAGCAAUGUAUGAAAUAAUACGAUAUAAAUAAUUGUUGCUUAAUAAUUAGUUAUUAUUUGAAUCAUUGCGUCAUACACGUUUUAUAAAAAUAUAAACUGCGUUAUUAUGAUCUUCAUUUACUUUAUUCUGUCAUCAAGACGGUCAUGAACCUCGUGCACACAAAAAAAGUGCGAAUCAGUUGGGACCUGCGAAAAGAGUCGGCUCCUCCGAUUCACUAGCGGUGAGUCGGUUCAGCGGAGUGAUUCUCUCGAAGGCUCGGCGUUGUCUCCGGGAGCGCGCGGCGGCAGUGUGGGCUCUGGGCUCGCGGCAGCAUGGCCUCCUCUCAGGGGAAAGCGGAGCUGCGGCACGCGGACUGGAUGGCCACUUUACCGGAGAACCUGCACACAGUUCCGCUCACCAACCUCGCCAUACCGGGAUCCCACGACUCCUUCAGCUUCUACAUCGACGAGGCGUCCCCGGUGGGCCCCGAGCAGCCGGAGACCGUGCAGAACUUUGUCUCCGUGUUCGGCACGGUGGCUAAGAAGCUGAUGAGGAAGUGGUUGGCCACGCAGACCAUGAACUUCUCCAGCCAGCUGGAGGCGGGGAUACGCUUCUUCGACCUCCGCAUCUCCACCAAACCCCGAGACCCCGACAACGAGCUCUAUUUCGCCCACGGCCUCUUCAGCGCCACCGUGCGCGAGGGUCUGGAGCAGAUCAGCACCUUCCUGGCCUCUCACGCCCGGGAGGUGGUCUUCCUGGACUUCAACCACUUCUACGGCGUUCAGAACCUGCACCACGAGAAGCUGGUCCAGAUGCUGAGAACCGUGUUCGGGGACCGGCUGUGCCCGGUGGUUUUUGCUCAGGAGGUCAGUCUGAAGUACCUGUGGGAGAAGGAGUACCAGGUGCUGGUCUUCUACCACAACCCCAUGGCCCUGGAGGUGCCCUUCCUGUGGCCCGGCCAGAUGAUGCCCGCCCCCUGGGCCAACACCACCGACCCAGACAAGCUCAUCCAGUUCCUCCAGGCCUCGCUGACGGACCGCAGACGCAAAGGAACCUUCUUUGUGUCCCAGAUGGUCCUGACGCCCAAAGCUAGCACGGUCAUGAAGGGAGUGGCCAGCGGACUGAGGGAGACCAUCACAGAGAGAGCUCUGCCCGGAAUGAUGCAGUGGAUCCGCUCUCAGCGGCCCGGAGAGAGCGGCGUGAACGUCGUCACGGCCGACUUCGUGGAGCUGGGCGACUUCAUCAGCGCCGUCAUCACCCUCAACUACUAUCUGGGCGACGACGACGACGCCACCUGAGCCGCCCAGCGCUCUCCUCCUGCACUCCCUCUCUCUCUCU